AAAUUUUGUACACUAAUUGUGAGUUUAAAAAAAAAAGAAAUUUAUUUAAAGAUGGCUGGAGUCCAUCCAAAUAUUAAAAGAUUGAAAUACAGAACACGUCUUGGAUCAUUACAAGAAAAUCCACAAAUCAUUCGAAAAGAACCAUUAUGUCGUAAAAGAAUAUUCUCUGAUACAGACACAACGAAAACAAUUAAAAAUGAAAGUAUAUGUGACGAACAAAAAUUAAAGAAUCGUCGACCAUUACAAGAUAUUCAAAAUAAAAAUUUGGGCGCAAUACCAAAAAUCAUCAAUAAAUUUACAAAGGAAACAAAGCAUAAAAGUAAAUUUGAGAAACAAAUAUUGAGAAAUGUUUCUUCAAAGAUUCAAACACCAAAGAAACCAAAACCGAAAAAAAUUCAUAAACUUAAAGUGGAAGCCGAAUCAUUUAAAAUACCAAAAUUUGUAACAACAGCACGUGGUGAAAAUAAUCAUUCUUUUUUACCGGAUUUAAUAUCCGAUAGUUUUGUCACAAAUAUUUUUCCAUCUCAAGAAUUUGAAGAAGUCCAAAUAUUACAUGAUAGUGGUUCUACAAACAAAGAGAAUGAGAUCAAAAUAUCGGAUUGUAAAAAUAAGAAAAAUUUGAAACGUUCUCGAAGUAUUGUGGACGAUGAUAAUGUAUUUAACAAUGAAGAAAAUGUGGUUAACGAGCAGAUUGUUAAACGAACACGUGGUAAAACUUCAAAUGAAAUCAGUUAUCAUCCUUCAAACAUUUUCAGUAAAACUUAUCUAGAGGAGACAAUUACAUAUUAUUUAUAUUUAGAAAAACCCGGAAAAAUAUUCCAGGAGCGUCCUGUUAUAUUUAAUCGUACACUUAAUUGGUUGAUUCAAAUAAAUGACGAUUUAAACGCACCUCCUGAUGUUUUAUUCACCGCAGUUUUAUUAUUUAAUGAAGUAUUGAAUAAAAUGGAGAUAUCUUGGUGUUCGAUGCAAUUAGCUGGUCUAGCAUGUUAUCGAAUAGUUCAUAAACAUUUUGAUGCAUCUAAUGUGCAAUGGUCAAUUGUUUUAUCAUAUCUAGACGCAACAAUAUCAGAUUUAAACAAAAUGGAACAAAAUAUUUUAGCAAAAACAAAAUUUAAAACCGAUAUUGCAGAGCCAUCCAUUUUUGUAUAUUAUUAUUCAUCAUUAUUACAAGAAUAUAUGAAUUGUAUUGAUAAGAAAUUAGAAAAGUGUGUUUUCUACAUCAUUGAAAGUUUAAUGUUCUCCCCGGCAUUCUUCACACAAUUACCGUCAAAAAUUGCUGCUGCAGCGAUGGAUUUAUCAUUUCAGAUGCUGAAACCGGAUUUAAUUUGUUGGCAAUUAUUGGUUGCAAGACCGGGAUAUUAUGGUUAUACAGAAUUAAAAGGUUUAAAAAUGGAAAUGUUAAAUAUGCUACUCAAAUUGGAAGACAUAAGUUUUCCAUAUCGUUCAUCCUUUAACAAAUAUUAUCGACCUUCCAAUUCAGAAAUAAGCAUGGAAAUUAGAAAUAAUAAUUACGUAAAAAAUUUGAUUUCUUAUUUUUAGUUGAUAAUAAUAAGAGAUGUUUCAUUUUAAAAGAUAAUUCAGUGACUUUUAGAUCACUCUAUACAUAUUUUUUUUAGC